GAGAAAACACAACAAUGGCUAUUUUAGGGCUUUCAAAUCCAGCAGAAUUAGCUUCUUCUUCUUCUUUACCUUUUUACCAAAGACCUAACACUUCCUUCAUUACUAAACAAUGCUUAUUCACUGGAGUUCGCCGGAAAAGUUUAUUAAGGCCCCAAGGUUUGAGGAUUUCGAGCUCAUUUAGUCCAAUGGAUUCAGCUAAGAUUAAAGUUAUUGGUGUUGGUGGUGGUGGUAAUAAUGCCGUUAACCGUAUGAUUGGUAGUGGCUUACAGGGUGUUGACUUCUAUGCUGUAAAUACGGAUGCUCAAGCACUGCUACAGUCUGCUGCCGAGCACCCACUUCAAAUUGGAGAACUUCUGACUCGUGGGCUUGGUACUGGCGGCAAUCCUUCUUUGAGGGAACAGGCAGCUGAGGAGUCAAAGGAAGCCAUUGCAAAUUCUCUAAAAGGUUCAGAUAUGGUGUUCAUAACAGCAGGAAUGGGUGGAGGUACAGGAUCUGGUGCUGCUCCUGUUGUGGCUCAAAUAGCAAAAGAAGCAGGUUAUUUGACUGUGGGUGUUGUCACAUAUCCGUUCAGCUUUGAAGGACGUAAAAGAUCCGUGCAGGCUUUGGAAGCAAUUGAAAAACUUCAGAAAAAUGUCGACACUCUUAUAGUAAUUCCCAAUGACCGUCUACUAGAUAUUGCUGAUGAGCAGACACCACUUCAAGAUGCUUUUCUUCUUGCUGAUGAUGUGUUACGUCAAGGUGUCCAAGGCAUAUCUGAUAUAAUUACCAUACCUGGGCUUGUAAAUGUGGAUUUUGCCGAUGUAAAGGCAGUGAUGAAAGAUUCUGGAACUGCAAUGCUUGGAGUUGGGGUUUCAUCAAGCAAGAACCGAGCUGAAGAAGCAGCCGAACAAGCAACUCUGGCCCCUCUAAUUGGAUCGUCGAUUCAAUCUGCAACUGGGGUGGUAUAUAACAUUACAGGAGGAAAAGACAUAACUUUGCAGGAAGUGAAUAGGGUCUCCCAGGUGGUCACCAGUCUGGCCGAUCCAUCCGCUAACAUCAUAUUUGGUGCUGUUGUGGAUGAGCGCUACAAUGGCGAAAUACACGUGACAAUAAUUGCAACUGGUUUCACCCAGUCGUUUCAGAAGACUCUUCUAUCUGACCCACGAGGAGCAAAGCUAGUUGAGAAGGGCACAGGAAUCCAAGAAAGCAUGGCAUCAGCUGCUACCCUGAGAUCAUCAAACUCACCUUCGACGACAUCACGAACACCUACUCGAAGGCUGUUCUUUUAGCUCCUUUAUAUUGUUUUUUACGGCUUCAUUUUUCUUUCUUUCUUUUUUUCCAUUUUUAAGUUUCUUCCUUUGUAUUUACAUGUUUUGUUGAAGGGAACUGAUUGUGUUUACAUGUGGCUGUAGAGAUGGUGAUUAUUCUUUAUCAGAUGCAUUCUCACUCUGCUGUGCUCUUUUGUGA